AUGACGUUUACUGCGUUACAUUUUGAAUUUAAAAUAGGUAAAAGUACUGUUGGUGAAAUGGUGCGAGAAACUUGUGCUGCAAUAUGGAACACGUUGCAAAAGGAAGAAAUGCCUGAACCAACUACUGAACAUUGGUUGGAAAUAUCAAAUACAUUUUAUACAAAAACCAAUUUUCCCAACUGUCUUGGUGCUGUAGAUGGGAAACAUAUUCGUAUACAAAAUCCAAAAAACACAGGCUCACUCUUUUUUAACUACAAACAAUAUUUUUCAAUCAUUUUAAUGGCAGUAGUUGAUGCCAAUUUGAGUUUUAUUUACAUUGAUGUAGGAUCUUACGGUAAAGAAUCAGAUUCUAAUAUUUUUAAGGAAAGUUCUUUUGGAAAAAAGUUGUAUUCAAAUGCCCUUAAUAUUCCUGGUCCUAUACGUUUACUUAGUUCGCAAGGUUCACCACAGCCUUAUGUUUUUGUUGGUGAUGAGGCAUUUGUCCUUCACACAAAUUUAUUAAGGCCGUAUCCACAACGAGGACUCAACGACGAACGUAGAAUUUUUAAUUACCGUUUGUCUAGAGCUAGACGCACUGUAGAAUGUGCUUUUGGAGUACUUGCCAACAAAUGGCGAGUAUUACAUAGAGAUGGAUAUAAUUUUGAAGAUAUGGAAAGUGAAUGCAACGACAUCGAGGUAAGAGGAACGGGUUCUUGGUCCAAUGGGAUUGAAAUACGAGAAACGUAUGCGGAAUAUUUUGUACAUGAAGUUGUAGUUACGUGA